AGAUACUGUCUCUACAUCCCAUCUAAGCCCCGCCUCCAAGCGAGUGUUCAGGACACGCUACAAGAUAGUGACCCGUCCGGGUACCAGUGGUGUGCAGACUCCGCAGCACAACCCAGCGCUCACCUGGCGAGCAAGGAAGAUUCAGUCAGCAAGGACUUUCCUCCAAAACCGCCUCCGAGGUCCCCACGACAGGCACCAGGCAUCCGGGCGACGCUGGACUGGGCCCGAAAUGUGCUGGAUCCGAGGCUCUCUGUACCGGGUGUCUGCCAAUAAGCUUUCCCGCACAGUGGCGCCACACACAUCGAUUGACCGGAGAGGAAAGUCCUCCAGUCCACACACGUCUCCUGCCCUGACCCGUCAUUUAGCCAGUCGUGCAGUCCAGCGGAGCAUUGCCAUCAUCAGACACGCUCGUCAGAAAAAGGACCAAAAGCAGUUCUGCAUGUAUUACAACCGCUUUGGCAAGUGUAACCGUGGCACAAGCUGUCCCUUCAUACAUGAUCCGGACAAAGUGGCUGUCUGCACCAGGUUUCUGAGAGGGACAUGCAAGCAGGCGGAUGGGACAUGCCCAUUCUCCCACAAGGUUGCCAAAGAGAAGAUGCCAGUGUGUUCAUACUUUUUGAAGGGAAUCUGUAACAACAGCGACUGUCCCUAUAGCCAUGUCUACGUGUCUCGUAAGGCUGAAGUGUGCGAAGACUUUGUCAAAGGCUACUGUCCCGAAGGAGAGAAGGUAAAAACCCAGUAA